AAUGGACGCCGCCUCUCGGAGACUUCACCGGCAAAGUUGACCCUGUAUUCUGCAGAUUUCCUAGUUCAUGUUUAUCGAUAUUAUAAGUGUCCUUGUAGUGAAAGAAAAUAAAAUGCAAAGUUAGACCUUCACGAUGAGUUCUAGACGUGGACAUUUCAAGGAUAGGAUUUUAGAAGGCAUUGGAAAGGCUAUCAAGGAGGUUCAUGACUUCAGUUGCAGCGCUGAUGGUGAAGUUGUGACAGUCACAAAUGAUGACAGACCCCUACAGAAACUUGUGGAGAGACUUGACCAUGCAUUCUUGCAUGGUUUGAAAAAUGUAACCCGAGGCUACUGGGGUGUUGCGAAGCUCUUCGCUCAUCGAGGUAUCAUCGAUGAGAUUUCCAAGCUGGACCGACUGACCACAGACCUGGGCAGAAGUCGGGCAUGGCUGUACAAAUCAUUGAACGACACAUCACUGGAGAGUUAUCUCAGGUGUUUUCAAGAAAAUCCAGCAACUGUGAGAAAAUACUAUGUGGAGACAGGGAUGCUGAGAGAUAAACAAAGAGUCAUGGUGCUCCAGACCCUUAUAGCUGGGCUAGACUUUGUGACCUUUGACCUCGAAAUAAACAUAGCCUAUUUUGAUUUGGUCAGCUACAUUCCUCGCUGUGCCUCCAUUUCUGAACCUGAAGAUGAUGUCACAACUCCAUCCAAUGACAGUGUACCAACAACUCCGAGUACCCCGGCCACCUUACCUGACAUCGACGGUGUUUCCUCCAUCACUAGUCCUGACCCAUUCUCACCAAUGGAUGAAUCGCCACAAUCUGGAAUCAGCAUUCCAGAUAUUGCCAUCAAGAACAAAUCGACAAUUGAAAAACAGCAUUCAUUUCCCCAGCAUUAUUCUGAAAUAGAUGAGAACGUUCCACCACUAGUUGAGACCCCACCUCAAAAUGGUAACGAAACAAGGCAGGCACAAGGAAGCAAGUUUAUCAACCGAUCCUUCAGUGCUGGGAAGAUUAUUGAAGGGAAACCAACAAGACCUGUGACACUUGGUAUUCCAUCUCGUACCGAGAGAUCCCUUAGUUCUGAUGCUUCACUGAAAUCAGUGGAAGAAGGGUUUGAAGAUGGCGACCUUGAAGUCAUUCGUGUGAAAACCAAGAAAAGCAAAAAGGGACACAAGAAGAGGAAGGGUGACAGGACAUCACUGGACGGAGAUAAGCUGAAAAGACAGGGAAGCUCUGGAACACUGAGCUCAACCUGCGAAGAAAUCGGGACACCAAGUCCGAGAUGGGAUACCCAGAUUGGCGACUCAAUAUCCAAAAGUAGUUCUUACUCAUCAUUGCAGAGUUUCUCUGACCGUGGAUCGUUGAAUGAGUCUGCCAAUCUCGGCAGAGCAGAUGCAGAUAGUUUAAGCAGCAUCACAUUUGAUGUCAAACCUGAAAAUUCUGAUGAGACUGAUGGUGGAAUGGGUCUUCAAAAACUUGUUCAAGAUGAGAAAACAGCUGACGUGAGAGUGGACUCUGAUUUUGAGCCUAAGUCACUUGACAGCGACUCAGCAUUACCAACCAAUUCUGUUCUUGCCAAGCACCAACCUGAAAUUAUACAACCAGAUGUAAAGCCCAACUUGGCCCCUCCAUCUAGAGCCAGUCUCAACUUUGAUGAAACGGUGAUGAUGACUCUCAGCACUCCACCGUCGCAAGAAGCAAUCCCAGCAGAUACUUUGUUGACCCAAGUCAUCUCUAGCUACAACCCGAAGACUGAUCAUCAAGAGAACCAGAGCCAAUCGGAUGAGUUUACUAGCUCCUUAUCUACCGUGCCAUCAGAAGCAGUGCCAAGUUUUGCUAGCCUCUUCACCCAAUCUCCUUCCUCAACAUCCUUCAGUCUAGAUGACCCUCUGCCUCCAUCCCCAAGCACCUCCUCCUACUCUGCCUCAGACAUCUCAGCCAAUCCGAGUGAGGAAGAUGCAAAAGCCAUGAGGUCAUCGUCGGAUGCAGGCUCCUCCUUCAAGGAAUCCAUUGAGGGGGAUGAGAGCAUGAGUGAUGGUGUCAAGGAAAUCGCAUCUAAGAUGGCAGAGGUGGAUGCUGGAAGUGAAUGUCAUGAAGCAGAAAUUGCUGUGGAUAACAACCUUAAGCUGUACCUGAUGCUUGAAAUUUUCAAGAAGGAGCAAGAACAGUUUAAAAAGCUGAUUCGUAUGAGCACUGGUCACAUGGAGGGUGACUUACAGCCGGCAUUUAUCCUCCUCACGGAUCACAUGUUAUACAUUCUGAGACAGGGUGACAAACAAGGUCACUACUCAACUCAGCAGAGGUUACCUUACACCAGCCUGGAUUACAUCUCGGUGGGUUUGAACUACCAGACCGUUCAGAUUGUCUGCACCAAUAGGAGAAGACAGUACUGGCUGACGACAGGAGAUGAAGUACUCACCAGGUUCUUCCUGUCCUCAUUGAGACAUGUCACUGAAGAAAGCCAACAAACCAAGGAACCAAUCAGCAUUCUGACCGAUGCUACAGCACAGAUAAUUACACUCCGAAAAUGGGCUGCACAGGAAAGCAAGACUGAAAUGCAUAACAUCAAAUUACACCUGUAUUCCCUCAUCCACUGGGAAGACUUGACUGACCUCUCCAUGACCCCUGACCUCCAGCUGUAUGAACCCCAGGUCACCAGGAAAGGUUACCUCCACUACAGGGUUGCCGGUAGCUUCCUCAUGGGUAGCUCCUGGAAGAAGGCUUGGUUUGUCCUGAGGAAUGAGAUGUUCUCUAGGUUCAUUCAGCAGAAGGACAGGCAGCCAGAUCUCAGCGUGCAGCUAAGAACUCCUUAUUUUGGUGGCUGCCGGCGGGUGAGAAAUGGAGAGCGCCCUCACAGUUUUGAGCUGAUUUUGUCCGAUGGAGCAUCGCUGGAGUUGGCAUGUGACACAGAGGAGCGGGUUUCUGAUUGGCUGCAGGCAAUAUGCCAGGUCGUUGCGCAAUCACAAGUGGCAGCUACUAGUCCAACUCGUGGUCCAGCCCCCUGUCAGCCAUGCUGUUCAGUCAUCACUUCUCACAAACUCCUGAUAUGCCAUGAAGAUUGUCAGACUAACUUCUAUCGUCUCUUGGCCGGUGUUGAUAUCACAGAUAUCUCUGGAUUGAGUCACGAUCCACAGGACGAGACAUUUAUCAUUACUGAGUUUCAAUCGGAGUGUGCCCAGAAUCCCUGGGUGUUUUACUUCAACAGUGUCAAAGAGAAGGCAAAGUUUGAAUCAACGUUGAGCAGCGUUUGGAAGGAACAACUUCAGGUUGAUUUACCUGUAACAUCCAUUGAUGAUGACCGUCUACAGAAGAGAUGCUGUGAGUGCUCGGCACUCAUUCAAUCGUCAUGGCAACGUAGUGAUAGUCUGAUGAGAGGUCGUGUUGGAAGCAGUAUAUGGUAAAGUCAAUUUUAGAAUUAAUGGGCUGGGCAAAAUAAAGAUUAGUUUCUAAUCUCCGAGAGUGAAUUUUGUUUUGCGUUACAAUUGAAUAUGAAAUUACAUUGUUGCAAAACGACUGCCCAGAUUUAUGAGUUUUCUUGGGCCGAAAUCAUUCACCUAUAGCUGUGGUUAAGAAGUAAGUAUUACCUUCAAUACAGGCCUUACAACUUAUUCUUGGCAUUCUGUACAUUUUACUGGGACAAAUUCAAAUGUGGAGCUUUUGAUAUUGUUUAACUCUGUGGGAAUAAACUCAGGAGAUGGCUGGUACCAGAAUAAUGCGAUGAAGGGGCUCAGUAUCUCAGCAUGCUUGCAGAGUCUGUUUAAAACACCAAUUAAUUAGGAAGAGAAGCAGGUUAUUGGAAAAGUUUGGGGAGAAGAUUUUUCUUGUGUUUUCAUGAUUAUCAGAACCUGCUGCUUCAUAUCUGAAUUAGGAACGGAGAACAUUGCUUGGAGAACAAUCCAAUGAGAUUAAGAAGGUUUUGUGUUUUAAAGACCCUGUCUUAGAAGCAUCCGAUAGAAUAUAAUUGUUCACAAUAUCGUAACAAUCUUGUCCUGUACUGUGAUUGUGAAGUAUUUACUGUCAUUUUGAAAUAUGUGUAAGCUUUAAAGCACGCGGAAUUGUACAAUGCUAUUGAACAAGAGUAGAUACUUUUAUGCCAACCAUUCAGGGGUGUAGCGAAAGCAUUUUUGUGGGGGGGGGGGUGUGCCAGAGUCAAUUUGCCGACUUGUAACUUGUUUGCCAUUUUCUUGAGGUGUAAAAUUCACGAAGCACAGGAAGUAUGUGGUACGCUACAUUUCUUGCUUCAGGGGAAAUGCUGACGGCCAGUGUCCACCGUUUAUGUACUAAUUUUGGAUUCAUAUUUUGACCAAAGUUGAAUUUGCCGACUGGAAUUACUUAUGGGGGGUGCUGCACCCCCCCUACAUCCCCGCGAUUGCUUUCCCCUGAUGCCAUGCGAUGUUGAUGUACUAAGAAAAAAUGGCAUUUGAAAUCAACAGAAACGUCCAUCCAAUAGAAACUAGUGAUGACGAUGAAGUACAUACACUGUAACGAGAAGAGGAAACUGUUUACUCACUUUUAAAAAAUUGAGUUUUUUGCUUUACCUUUGAGGUAGAAAACGUGGAAGUUUCAAGAGUUUUGCUUUUGAGAUUCAAACGUGAAACUCUGGGGAAGUGUAAUUUCCUUUUUGUAACCAAAAAGGGAAGUAUUUGGGUUCAAAUCAUGAAGUGCAAUACAAAUACAGUCAAUGCUUCCACCAGAAAAAAGAGCAGUAUUUGUGUUUUUAUUUAUAUUAAAUCUCUUUCAUUUGGAUAACCUUUUCCACUUGAUUUUUAUAGCUUUGCCCGAGGUCAUUUACUUUCUGAAACUGUACUUUUGACUUUUUACGUAAAUGUUUUGUUAUAUUUCUAACAUUAGAUAAACAGAGUAAGUUAUUUUAAACUGAUCUAUCCUUAAAACGUGAUUAAGAAUAAUUGUUGAAAAUGUAUACGUCAAAACUGGUCUAAGUAAAUGUGGCUUAUUGAUGAGUAGGAGGGUUCUCAAUCAGAGCGCCACCAAGCGUUUUAAAUCAAGAGUUGGCUUUUAAUUUCAAGGUUGACAUCAUGCAAAUAUUGCCCGGCAAAUAAUAAUCAUUCUUCGUUGUAAACAUGCCGAGUCUUUAAAAUAUAAUGUACUUGCACGGUCAAGUAAAUAUUUGUGACCAAAAAGAUAAAAUAGGAAAUUGUGGGUUCUCAAGCAAAAAGAAUACAUUUUGUCAAACGUUAACCUCGUUUUCCAACGAAACGGAUGGUUUGCUUUAAAUUGCUUGGUGACGCCCUGUAUCAAUCGUAAGUCGGCAAAAUCGUAUUGCUGUUAUUGGACAAGCCUACCUUAAUGUGUGUACAUUGUGACUUAAUGGUAUUCUCGCGCCAUACCUUAAGAUUAUGAAGUAUUUAAUACACAAGUGAUUCAUAUAUCAUUGUUUGAGAAGUCACUGGAUUUGGGAGAUAUGUGUAUUGGGACACAAUUGAUGGAGCUGUUAGCAAAGUGACGUUUAUCACCAGAUAGAAAAUGCACCUACUUACCCUCAGUUACGUUUAAGAAUGUCAUGCUUAGGCCUAUGGCGUGUCAGUUAUUCCCAGCUGAUCUGUGCUAAACGUAUAAAUUUGGGACCCAAACCCUGAAACGGAAUUGAAGUUGUAGACAGAGUCCUAAUCUUAUACAAAGCUAGUAUGAAAUAUAACGCCUAUAUUCGCCAGGAUGUCAAAUGGUGGGAUAUACAUUUACCAAACUUACGAUUUGCGUAUAUUUAUUUUCCUGCUACUGCCGAUGAAAAACUACUUAAAUGGAGACACAUUUCAUAGAUAUAUAGUCACAUUUGUGAUUAUCAGUAUCUAAGCGUCACCAACUCCGGAGAGAUGGGCCCAGGUUGUCAUGUCAUGGGACGAGGGCGGGCUGGGAGUGUGCGAGGCUAUACCAUGGCAAAAAAUGGAGUGUUGCUUGCAGGCAUGGUUUGCUAAGAACGUCUGGAGUGAAGUUGUUUACUUCCCACGUGGUCAUGCUUAUGGUCUCCUCGGAUCAUCCUUAUAUUUGAUCUAUACCCAUGCCAUCAGAAUUUGUGCUGAAUUGAAUAAAUUUGCUGAUAAUGGAGUUGUUGAUGUAUCA